AGUGAUGCCUUAAGAAAAAAAGCUUCUGUGCUUUUCAAGAAGAUCCUUUGAAAGGCAGAAGUCACUUCACCCCAAGCUGCUGGCUGAAUUAUUGAUGUUGCUCUCCUUGGUAUAAGUCUGAACUUUAGUCUGUCUCACCCUUACUCAGCUAAUAAAGAAGCACCCUGUCCAAGUGCUGCCACGCGAUGGUGGCGGUCAUCUACCCCUUCACCUGGCAGCACACCUACAUCCCCGUGCUGCCACCUGCCAUGAUCGACAUCGUGUGCUCGCCAACCCCCUUCCUCAUUGGGCUGCUCACCAGCUCGCUGCCGCUGCUCAGGGAGCUGCCGCUGGAAGAGGUCCUUGUGGUCGACCUUGUCAACAAUCGGUUCCUCAGACAGAUGGACGACGAGGACUCCAUUCUGCCCCGGAAGCUUCAGGUGGCCCUGGAACACAUUCUGGAGCAGAGGAGUGAGCUGGCUAGUGACCAGGGUGACAGGUCCCCGGACUGCAAGCGCGGCUCUGAGUCCAGCCCCUUGAACGAGGUGGUAUCCGAAGCCUUUGUCCGCUUCUUCGUGGAGAUCGUGGGCCACUACUCGCUGUUCCUGACGGCGGGCGAACGAGAGGAGAGGACCCUGCAGCGAGAGGCCUUCCGCAAAGCCGUCUCCUCCAAGAGCCUCCGCCGGUUCCUGGAGGUCUUCAUGGAGACCCAGACGUUUCGGGGCUUCAUCCAGGAGCGGGAGCUGCGCCGGCAGGAUGCCAGAGGUCUUUUUGAGGUCCGAGCCCAAGAGUACCUGGAAACACUCCCCAGUGGAGAACACAGUGGUGUCAACAAGUUCCUGAAGGGACUAGGCAAUAAAAUGAAGUUUCUCCACAAGAAAUAGCCCUCAAUCCAGCCUCCAGGGAGAACUUUUCCUAGGGCAGCCGCGUGUUUUAAAAACAGUCCUGGUGGUCUUUCUGAAAUGUUGGGUCCUUGGUUGUCCCAGGGGCUGGGAUAAAGGCCGGGAUUGUUUCCGGCCACCACUGGGCUCUCCCCAGGACCCAGGACCCCCGAGCCACCGGAAGGUGCCGCGUCUUUAGAACAGCACUGGAAAUGGGACCUGAGACCAGGCACAUUCAAACGGAUUGUUUUGGUUGUUGGUUUUGG